GCCGCUACGGUCCGGGCGAUCGGUCCGUAGAAAAAAGGUUUUCGGGAUAACAUUCGGGAUGGAGCAGACCGAGAUCGACGGUUCGUUCGGACGUGAGUGCGUCGACGCGAUGGGAUGGGACACGACGUUCGUCGAGGAGGAGCGGCUGCCGCCCGCGGAAGACACGGACGAUCCGGAGCACGAGGCGGAUGUUUUGGAACACCAGCAUAUUGCUGCGCAGCAACAGGAAUCGAGCCAAAAACCAAGCCAACUCAGGAGAUCAUCGAAAUUAUUCAGGAUAGCGAGCGUUUGGGCCUUAUCCUGCGCCUUAGACCUGGGCUUGCUCGGCGAAUCUUCCCUCAAGGAGGUCGUCAUUGCGAGUUACUCGGAGUUGAACUCUCUGUCCACCAACGAGGACGCGACGAAAUCUCCUGAUCUCGAAGCGAACGAUUGCAAGGGUGAUGCGUCCAAGUCCGCGAGUAUCUUCGGUAAUUCGUGGCCGUUCAUCGAUCCGGCGCAAAUUAAGCAGAUCGCUUGUACAAAGCCCGUCCGAAAGCGAAGGAAGAAAACGAGAUGGUCGGUGAAACGGCAAAGGAAACCAAAGGACGCGUGUCCAAGAAUCGGCAGCGCAAGGACGACGAGUCUCUCGACUAUGACAGACACCUCGUCCUCGCUGCGAGGAUCCAAGCGAGAAAAUCUCGGCGUAUCACAUGAUCGAUCGGCGAGAUUAUCAGUGAGGAAGAACCUUUCGUCAACGCGAUCUCGCGUUUUCGUCGCCGAAGAGGACGGGCGUUUGUCCGAAAGUUACAGAUCGAGCGAGAACGACGACGAAGAGGAAGAAGUAAUUAGUCAGACGACAUCGGAAAGGAGUUCGGAGGAGAUUGCUCCGGUUGAUUAUUCCGGCUCCGAAUUCUACUCGACGAGUCACACGAAGGAAGAAGAGCCGCAAAAUCGGACGGAGUCGCCGGAAUAUCCUGAUUACUUCGCGAACGUCCUGCGGAUCGAUGACAACAGCGAGAACAAUGAUCUCGACACCUCGGAGGAUGAUACUGCCAGGGAUGACGCGCAAACCGCCAAGUUUGCGAAAUUUGCGGAACGACGGACGUCGCGCAAGAUCCUCGAAAAUCAAAACUCUCCGCAUAGAACCCGAAAAGCGUCAUCGAGAAAGAAAAAACUCGAGUCAAAAAACAGCGAGACUUGCAUCGAGAUGCCGAAAAGACGAAGAAACAGGUCGGUUGAACAGGGGGAAAAGACUCAUAAUAACUCCACGGCAUAUAAUCACUACGACCGUCGGCGACGUUCUCAAGAUUUGGAGGAAAAUUCUCCGAAAAGCAAAUCGGAUUCGAGAGAUGCUGUUGCAGCUGGCAAUGCUGGCAUGCGUGAUGUCGCGGAGGAAAUUACGGUACAGAAACGUAAAGCACGGCGGCGUUCUCACAAUUUUACAAAUGCCGCCUCGUGCGAAAGGAAAUCGCAGAAAGACACAGCCGAUGCACUUAUGCGGGAUAUUAAAGAAGAAAUAAACAUGAAAAUUGAGAAGAAUGUUGAAAGUAUUGGAAAAACGAUUUCCGAAAUCGAGGAAGACAUACUCCUGGAUUGGAGUUACAAGGAUUCGAGUUACAAGGAUCUCAGUCAGGAAUACGAUUGGGUGGACAAUGACGAGUCUAACGAUCGGGAUUUAUCAUCCCAGGCCUUGGAACGUUCAUUCGAUUCGACAAAUGCCGAAGAGUUCGUUAAUACCGUUGGCAGACGUCGUAGAAGAAAGAGAUACAGAUAUUCGAUCGAUUGCAAAUUCGACGAGAGCACGGAGACGGCUUACCGGAGUGUUUUCCACGAUUGCAUCGAUUUCGAUACUCCGCGAUCGACCCCGUCCUUGAAAAUAAACAUGGAGGAGAGCUGGAAAUCGGCGGUGGAGGACAGCAGCGACAACGACGACGAGAUCCACUCGUCCUGGCGCCGAUCGACUUUAGAAUCCUCAAUUGAAGAAUGCGGUAACGAAGUUGAUGGCGCGCUGCUAUUGGCUCGGAAGAUCGUUAGCGACGAUUCGACAAAAGACGAAAAAUGUGAUGACGAGCACGAGACGUUGAACAACGCGUGUUACAAGUAUCACGAAAUGUCAGAUACUUUCACAGCGGCCAAAAACAGUUCUCUUCACGAUUCGGACGAGGAUAUAGAAUUCCCAAAUCAAUCUGACGAUAUAAUCACGUAUAGAAAUAAAAAUAGAACAAUUAGGAGAUCGGCAUCGAUGGACUACAGCAUUAAGGAUGAAGACGAUAAUGUCAAGGUCCAAGGUAGAGGUCCCAAACACCCAAAACUUAGUAGCAAAAUAAAUGUAAUGCGACAAAUCCCGCGUGACAAGGGUAACAAUUUGGAUGAUAGUGAUAAAAAGGAAAGUGGUCCGCGCAGAGUGACCAGGGCUCUGGUAAAGACCAAAAACCAAAGUAAAGUAAAUCAUGUCGGGAAGCUAGUGUGGGGAUUCUUUUCAGGAUGGUGGCCAGCACUGAUCGUUGACGCCAAACAUGUAGGAAUGGCUCCUGUGCCCGGCAAGUUGUGGGUCUUCUGGAUCGGAGAAUCGCAAAUAUCGUCGCUCAGAGAAGAAACACAGAUACAACCGUUCUCGAGAUGUUUGGAGGUGCGAUUGUCACAAUCACAGAUAGACAAACCGUCGCGUAAAAAUGUUCGUGUGCACGCCAUUGACACGACUAUAAAGAUGCUUCACCAACGUUACAACGGCAAUCUGACAAAGCCUUAUUAUUUUUGGAUACAACGGAACAUAGAUAUGGAGACAUUGGACGACCUAUCAUUUUAUCCAUAUCCGGAAGACAUACAAGCAAAGUUGGAUGAAUUGAGGGAAAGGAACGAAAAAGCUACUAAAAAAUAUAUAUUGAGUCAGAGAAGUUCACCGGAAGUACCACCGACGAAAAAGCAGAAUGUGGAAAAAAAUAAAGAUACAACUAUAAGUUGGGAACAGAUCGACGAUGAGCGUUUAGGUCUGCAAGACCAACAGCCUGGUGUAAUAGCUUGGGCAAAAAUCCCUGGACACUGUUGGUGGCCCGCGAUGAUUAUUGAUUAUCGCGACUGUUGCUUGAAAGAACCGAGUUUUGGAUGUCAAUGGAUUAUGUGGUAUGGAGAUUAUCAAGUUUCAGAGGUACGUCAUAUCGCAUUUUUGAAAUUUCACAAAGGAAUAGAAAAAAUGCGCGAGUACAUUCAAAAUACGAGCAAAAGACAGCCGUAUCUUGAAGGCGUACUUCAAGCUUCUAAGGAUUAUUGCUCACGUUUAGGAUGCAACACGGAUAACUGGACUUUAGAUAAUGUCUUUGAAUAUUUUUCAAAUAAUAUUCACAUACCAAAUAACCAAUUGCAAGUUUCAGACUCUAACAAGGUAUAUGAUAAGUAUUCCGACAUGAUGAUAAAAAAAAUUAACGAAUUUAAGUUCAAGUCAGAUGUAGAUGCUGAACGGAAGCGUGAUAUAAAAGCGAGCGAUGAUUUUCGCCGCGCAAUGUCAGGAGAAUGCGACAUAGAAAAAUUAUGUUUAAAAUGUUUGACGAUUCCUAAAGGUAAAAAGGAGGAACAUCCGUUCUUUACAGGAUCCUUAUGUAAAGAAUGCUCGAACGAAUUUAAACCGUGUAUGUUCGUACACGGGAACGAUGGCAAGUGCUUUUAUUGCACAGUUUGCGCCAGUACCGGUACGGUUCUUAUUUGUGAUUCAGAAGAAUGUCCACGUGUCUACUGUACAGCAUGUCUGAAAAUGUUGAUAUGUCCAAAAUCAUACGACGAAAUGCUGAAUGAAGAUCCAUGGGAAUGUUUUCUCUGCAGAGACGAAACCAAACAGCCCGAGGAUAUGAUAUUUCGUAGGCGGUUAAAUUGGAAAGAGAAAUUUGCAAAAAUGUUCCGCACAACUCCUAAUCUGACGUCUGAUGUAGAUGUUGAAAGUUAUAAGAAGGAAAAUAGGGCCGUGCGCGUGCUGUCGCUUUUUGACGGUUUGAGCACUGGUUUUUUGGUGCUUCAAAAAUUGGGGCUCGUUGUGGACGUUUAUUACGCUAGUGAAAUUGAUGUAAAUGCAUUAACGAUUAGCUCCUCACACUUCGGCGACCGUAUUACUUAUCUAGGAGAUGUAAGAGGCAUAACGAAGGAAAAAAUUCAAGAAAUCGCACCGAUUGACUUGCUAAUCGGUGGGUCGCCAUGCAAUGACUUAAGUCUGGUCAAUCCGGCGCGAUUAGGUCUCCACGAUCCGAAGGGGACAGGCAUUCUCUUUUUCGAGUACAUCCGAAUAAGAAAACUGAUGGAAAAAGCCAACAAAGGUCGACACAUGUUUUGGUUGUUCGAAAAUGUCGCAUCCAUGCCAACCGAGUACAGAUUAGAAAUUAACAAAUAUCUGGGACGGGAACCUGACGUUAUAGAUUCAGCGGAUUUUUCGCCUCAGCACAGACUGAGACUUUAUUGGCAUAAUCUUCCCUUUAAUCCAUAUUUGCCGCUGUUUGAAAACAGUCAGGAUGUUCAAGACAAGCUUACGCCAAACUUGAAUCGGAAGGCUCUUUGCAAGAAACUUCAUACAGUUACGGGCAGAACGGGCUCCCUACUGCAAGGAAAAGCGGAAUUGAAACCAAUUAUAAUGAGAGGCAGAUCUGACACGAUAUGGAUCACUGAACUCGAGGAAAUCUUUGGCUUUCCACGACAUUAUACGGACGUGAAGAAUUUAUCAGCCACAAAUCGACAGAAAUUGCUCGGCAAAUCUUGGAGCGUACAAACACUUACUGCCAUAUUGCGACCCUUAUGCUUAUAUUUUAAGUGCAAUGAAAAUGAAACGAGCAAGAAGUCUGUUUCUUAAGAAGAUAUCUCUAUCUCGCUAUCGCGAUAAAUAUUUUUAACGAAAUUUUGAUCCCAAUGGAAUAAUUAAGUACAGUAAUGUGAACGUUUUUUUUAUCUUGUACUAUUUUUGGAUCUCGUUUGUAUGAUCGCAAUUUUAUAUAUAUAUCUAAAAUUUGUAUUUCUAGACAUUGUACGAGAUGUUACAUGUACAUCUGUAUAUUACAUGUAACAAUCUCGUUAAAUGUAUAUACAUAUUGUACGAGAUGUUCCUUGUCAAUAUGAUGAGUUUUAUAUCAUAAUAAUCUCUUUAUACAUACAAUUGAAUUAAAAUUGUACA